CACCCAUAUUUUGACAUUUUCACAAAAGUUUAAAACCUUAGGAUAGAGCCUUAACUUAUAAUUUAACUAUUAACUGAAAUGGUCUCGUCAUUGAGCCACAUAGAUACAACAAAAAAUGAAAGUAUUUAAAUGCAUCCUGUUGGUUUGUCCAGCUGUAGCUCAGCGUGAGCGUGUUUUCCGCCAAUCAGCGCCCUCCGUGUGCGUGACGUCACCGCAGGAGGACGAGCGCAGCCGCGGGAGUGUUUGCUGACUUUCCUCACGUUGAGUUUAGUUUCCCGCAGCAGUAAACAUGACAUCACCGCCAUCCUGAGGCGCAUGCGGUCUGUCCCCACGAACAAGGUGUGUUUUGACUGCUCUGUGAAGAACCCCAGCUGGGCAGCGUCACACAUGGUGUCUUUCUCUGCAUUGACUGCUCAGGGACACACCGCUCACUGGGAGUUCACCUGUCCUUCAUCAGGUAAACUUUCACCAUUACACUGUCCUUCAUCAGGUGGGUCUGGUCGCUCAGAAGGUCAGCAGUCAGAGCUUCAGUGUCUCCGGCCGUAGACAGACUGCAGGAGGAGAGGAGCUCACAGACCAGUAGCACUGAGCCCCAGUGAGAGAUAGAGAGAGAGACCUGCAGGUCAGUCCUCACGGGUGUCUGCUCGCCCUGUGUGUGUGUCUGUGUGUGCAGACUGUGGUCUCUAAGCCAUGUUUACCAGAGUCUGGAGGGUAAGGAGCAGGCGGAGCGGCUCGGCAUGGGCCUCAGCGGACGCAGUAUGAGGUUCGAGCGCAGCUGGAGAAUUUGCCUGCGUGUAACACUGUGUGUUGUGUGUCAGCAGUGUCCUACAGCCUGAGCAAGGUUCGGCCGGCCGUGCCAGACAUGACACAGCUGAGCAGCGGCGUCCGCUCGGUGGCCGGGAGGUCAUGUCCUCCAUACAGGAUCACUACAGCACAUGAGUCUGAGAGCAUCAUUCACUCAGAGUCGCAGCUUGAGUUCUGACUGAAAGAGUCGUCGUUUGAUCACUAGGGGACAAACUGGUUUAUAUGAAGAGAAUCAUUUGAUUCAGAUUGCACUCUACUUCAGCUGUGUUUGUUUAUGGUCAUGAAGAAAGAGGAUGUGUUCACACAUUAAAGAGCUUUAUAUGAAGUGUAAUGUAGCAUUGUAUGUGUGAUGAUGAAGAUGAAGAAGAUGAGCGGCUGGUUUCACACACUGCAACCCGGACAGUCGUUCUUCAUCCUACUGCCUCAUCUGUGUUUGUUUAUGGAGUCUGUGUUUCUCUUGUUCUGUCCUUUAUGAGUGUGAGGGGUCAUUAAACUGAUGCUGAUUGUGGUGAACUGUUUAACUCAAUAAAGAUCAGACUUGGUGAGAAACUGAGCUGUGUGCUAUAAUCUGUCAUGAUGCAAGAAAACAAACUAAUGGAGAUCAUGAGAAUAGUUGUACAUUUAAAUCUCAUAGACAUUCUAAUGAUAUAUAAAAAUUAAAAUCCCUGAGUUUUACUUAUUACCGAUUUUUGUUUACCAGAAACUAUAAUCGUUUCAAUAUUUUACUUAUAAUCAUGCAUUUUUGAUACACAUAUAUAAAUAAUCCCCUGAAACCUGUUAAACCCCCAUCGAAAAGACACGCAGCUGUGAUUGGUCAGUUCUGACCAGCGCUGAGAAAAGUAACAUGUAUCAUGUGACAACGCUGCAUGUGCCGUUUCAAUAAAAACCAUUAGUAGCGAAACGGUUACACACAUUAGCUUUAAUAGACACUGAAAUUAUCAUAAACAGUAGAGUUAAACAUCAUAAUUAUUAUUUGGACUCGUCUAAACCCCGCCCACUCCGUUACGUCAGUCCGCGCGUCUGCUCUCAUUGGCUAUCGGCGAAACGACUGCGUGGCGGUUUCAGCCUCCGACGAGACGAGAGAAAAACUCUACAAAGUUUCCACAGAUGUGUUCUCGAGUCUCUUGAUCUGUUCUUCUCAGUGUUUUCCUCGAGUCUGGUGAAUGAUGCAGGCGAGCGGCGCGAGGCAGCGACAGAAGAGUGUGAUGAAGCAGCCGAGCGGGGAGAAGAAGAGUGGCUCUGAGGAGAGAUCCUCCUCCCGCUUCAGUCCCGAUGUGAAGCUGUGCGUCGCGCUAGUGUGUCUCUCAGUGUCGCUCUUCAGCACAUGGCUGCACGUUCAGCAGGACGCCAAGCUCGCAGAAAUCAUCCUCAAACACGAGCGUCUGAGUGAGGAGAGCCGCAGCCUCCACGAGCUGCGAGAACACAUGGCUGGACUCUCGCGAGAGUGUGUGCUGUUGUCCGCUCCGGCCGUGUCUCAGAUGGAGGCUCUGGAGGUGGAGGUGGCUCGGCUGCAGGAGCGCUUCUCCAGUCUCGCGGGUCAGCGACAGCAGCUCCAGCUGAACCUGAGCGCUCUGGCUCAGGCCGUAGAGAGUGUGGAGCAGCAGGACUCCAGCGAGGUGACCUCCAGACUGGCCUCCAUCCGUACGGACGUGCGGCGCAUGGCUGGGCUGGAGGGAGAGGUGGAGCUGCUGCUCAACCAAACACAGGCUCUGGAGGAGAAGGUGGCCCAGACGGAGAAGCUGAUGGUCAGGCGCAUCGGUGAUCUACUGGCCGGCAGCAUCGACCGGGUCGCGGCUCUGAGGAGCUCAGCGGAGAAGAGCAGCCAGCGGCUGGAUCAGGUCAGCGCACUCGUUCACCAGCUCUCAGCCGCUCACCGUGACCUGUCCGAGCGCAUCCUGGCACUGGAGAGCGGACAGGCCAAGCUGCUGAAGACCGCCACCUUCGCCAGCGACCUCAAGCCCAAGGUCUUCUCCAUCAAACAAGACUUCGCCGUCAUCCAGCCCAAACUGGACGACCUGACCCUGAGGAUCGGCCUGCUGGCUGAAGACCUGAUGAGCCGAGAGGAGGAGCGGAGUCAGAGACAGGAGACCACAGCCUGAAACAGCCCAGUCGUGCUUCGACCGGGAAACUACUGCUGGAACACACUGACGUUUAGCCACAGAGCAACCGUACGCCUUUCAAGAGCACUGAGAUCUGCUACGAUACUGACUAACAGACACGGUGCGUCAAACAAUAACCAUCUACAAAGCUUGGCACACUAUAACAGUUACCAGUCAAGGGUUUUGAAAUCACAGGAAUAAAUUACAUUUUCAAAUAUAAUAGUUUUUAAAUGGUAAAAAUAUUUCAAAAUGUUACUGUUUAUGCUGCAUUUUGGAUCAAAUAAAUGCAGACUUGGUGAGCAGAAGAGACUUCCUUAAAAACAUCACAAAUGUUGCUCUUCAGAAACUUUUGACUGGUCGUUUACUCAUCUUUGUGAGAGUGAAACAGGCUUUAGGAACCAGAUCUGACCAGGUUGAGUCUCGAGCUCAAGCCUGACCCUGUAUUCAAGCGAUCCUGACCAGUGAAUUGAUGUAAUGAAGAGGAGGUGGAGGGAUCUGUGGAGGAGUGUAACACACAGUGAUCAUCUGAGCUCAAACGAUGGUCAGUUCACUUCUAGCAGCUGGUGUCUGUCUCGAUGAUCUUCACAGAUGAAGCUCUCCUUCUGCAGGACAAGCAGCAGUGCAGUUCAUUACAUUCACAUCUGAACAUGUUCAGACAGGUCUGACCAGCACAAAGUGUCCAAGGCUUACAUUCACAUUAGUCAUGGCUUCUUACUUUAAAACCUAACAAAUGUUGACAUUUAAAACCUUUUUGUGAAAAAUGUGACUGCUGUUUUUCUUUGAAAUAAAUGUUGAUAUUUGUAAUGUGAAGACAAUUUGAAUUAUUUCUAAAUACAGAAGUCAGCCUUUGAGAUGGAUCAAAAAAGUUCAUCAAACUUGUCCUGAGACGAGAAUGUGUUUUGGUUUUAGGACAAAUGUGAUGAGAGGUAGUAUCAUUGCUGUGGUCUGCUAACACAAACAUCAGUUUCAUAAGGUCAUUAGAGUUAGACGGGCAGUGUUCAUGUAUCACAGUAGUGCUCUCUCAUUCCUACAGUCGCUCAGACAGUCACUGCCUCACUGCCAGAUUCAGUUCACGUCUCUGUCAGUCAUGACACACCGAUGAUCGCUGAUCUCAGGGAUGUUUGCAUCCACGUCCUCCUCAGCUGCUCCUGAGAGAAUCACUGCUGUAUGUUACAUUGAUUUCAAUGUUUGAAUUAUUUUAAAUCAUCUCGAGACACUCUUUGAUGUUUGCGGAUAAAACAAAAAUGAUAUAGAAAAUGUUUUUAUAAAUGUAAUUAAAAUACAUAAAUGUGAGAAAUGCUCUCAUGUCAUGUCAUGAACUGAUACUGAUUCCUGAUUCUCAGUAGUCCACUUCGAGGUGUGAAACAGUAUGUUUUUACGGAAGAUUAAUGUGUGAAGAUCAAGGAAAUUUAGAUUUUCAUUUUAUGACCAGCCUCUUUAAAAUGCACAAAUUGUUCUCUUCAUGUUAUAUUAAUAUUCGUUUUGAUGUGUUUUUAGGUAUUUUAUUGGUCAUUUGACACAAUGGUUUAAAACGUUUAUUGAUGUGUUCAGGGGUUGUAUUUUGGAUCUGAUGAUGAGCAGUAAGAUCUGAUUAGUGUACACUGCUUUUCCUGCUCUACAAAUCAUACUUUUGCAGUGAUGUUUGGUCACGCAUGCAGCUUUUUCCUGGUUCUUCAGUGACAAGGGUGUAUUAAAAUCAUUCAAAUCAUAAAGCAUUUGUUGUUUUAGUUGAUUUUUAGCUGACCAAUGCUUGUUUUGUCUUCUAAGUCAUCUUGAAGUGGGCCCGAUUCAUUCAUUAAACAAUUAUAUGAAAAAUGUUUAUUUUAAUGUCAUUAAAAUAAAGGAAUGUGUGAAAGUUGA